UCGAGAUCGCGGUGGCAGUUCUUUUCUGCGGUUCGGUCCGUCCGGUUCGUCGCUUUUUAUGAACAACUCGUUUAAGUCUCUUUCUGUCUUCCCCCUUUUGCGAGGCGCGCGUGCCAAUUCCUAGUGCGUGAUUCACAUUUCUCCUUUUUCUUCCGCAUUUGACAUUCGCUGGUGCGCAUUCCUGGUUCGAAUCCCGGUCAGCUGCAAAGGCGGGGGUGUCUUCGUUCCGUUCCUGAAGAAGAAAUUCGUUCAUUGGUGCAUCGGAUCCCCGGGAAUGAGAUAGCGUGUGUGUGAUUGUGGAUUUAAGUGGAUUUUCGGAUCGACACGGAGACGGGCAACCCGGUUAUCAUCGCCAGCCAGCCAGCAACUUGUUUGCUCGAGAUUAGUGUCAACUCGAUUGCCGCCAGCAGCCGUAGCCAAGAUCUGCCCCAUCGUAUGGAGUGGUGAACGAAGUGUCCCGUACAUCUCAACACGGGGCAGCGGAGAUCCCGAGUGUGUGAGGUGUAAUUUCGGUGUCAUCCCGCUGCUACCAGAAAGAAUGAAAAAUAGACCCGCGCGAUCAAUCGGAGCAGCAGCAGCAGUAGAAGAAGCACGGACAUCUGCAGUGCCAGCGGUGGUGUUAAACGGUGGUAGCCGAAAUCGCGACCCCGCCGCCAGUGGAAGAUGCUCUCAUGGCAUUUCGUAACGUGCGUGAUUGGAAUUUGCAUCCUCGGCCAUGGAGGUUUCCGAACAAAGACGGCCCCAACAAUAGCUAGUGCAAACGUAAUCCAGAACGUGCUGGGUGUCCCGUCAACCUGCGUGCACCAGAACGUCGUCCGCCAGUGUCGGCUGUCAUUUUCCUGCUGGCUGGAAGGUGGCCGUCAUGUUUCCGGCUGUGGCGACAGUCGAUGGCUGUUUUCCUGCUGCGUCAAGGACAAUGAAGUUUCCUCUGCUCCGGCAAUGAUCACCUCGAAGCUGGCGUUCGCUGCACCGAUGCGACCCAUGGUUGCUCCUGUGCCGGUGCUUCCAAUGAAAACCGUCUCCUACGCGACCUCCAAGAAAAGCAGUUUCCUCCGGAGACGAUCCGAUCAGAUGGGAAACAUGGACUGUGGCAUCCCUCGAACGGCGCAGAAUACCCUCCAGAAGCGUAUCAUCGGAGGCCGCACGGCGAACUUUGCCGAGUAUCCCUGGCAGGCGCAUAUCCGCAUAGCCGAGUACCAAUGCGGAGGAGUUCUGGUGUCGCGGAUGUUCAUAGCUACGGCAGCACACUGCAUUCAGCAGGCACGUCUCAAGGACAUCGUCAUCUACCUGGGCGAGCUGGACACUCAGAACUCCGGCAAAAUAGCCGAACCUCUUCCGGCGGAGAAGCACCGUGCCGAGCUGAAGAUCGUACAUCCCAAGUUUCUCUUCCGCAUGACGCAACCGGACCGGUACGACCUGGCACUGCUGAAGCUGACUCGGCCGGCCGGUUACAAAUCGCACAUUCUGCCGAUUUGUCUUCCGGUGAGACCACUGGAGCUGAUUGGCCGCAAAGGCAUUAUAGCCGGGUGGGGAAAAACGGAUGCCAACAUGGGUCAAACGGGAACCAACAUUCUGCGGACGGCAGCGGUGCCGAUUAUUAGUACAAAAGAGUGUCUUCGGUGGCACAAUAGCAAACACAUCAAUGUGGAGCUCUACAAUGAAAUGUUUUGUGCAGGUCAUUCGGACGGUCAUCAGGAUGCUUGUUUGGGUGACUCCGGCGGUCCGCUAAUCAUCAACGAUCGGGGUCGAUUCACACUCAUAGGCAUCACCAGUGCCGGGUUCGGGUGCGGAGUGGACCACCAGCCGGGAAUUUACCACAACAUCCAGAAGACAGUCAAGUGGAUACAGAAUGUGAUUUUAACUGCGAGUUAACAGGGGCGCGCCGCAAAAGGCUGAUCGAACCACGCGGAGUCUGGGGCCAAUACGGUAUGGUGGUGCUGUAACAGCGUAGGAAUCAACAGUAUUGUUUUUAAGGGAAAACUAAACGACGACGGGACGUAAACUUGCAACUCUCUUCCUGCUGUUGCCUCAACGAUGGCUGGCAGGGUAUUUUACCUUUUAAAAAACGAAAUAAGCUAUAAAUGUGAUGAUCUAAGCUACAAUGAAAUUUCUGUGAGAAUUUUA